CAAGUCCUCAUUCCGUGAGGUGUUGUCCCACCGUCUCUUCAUUGUUUGUUCGCGUAUUUGUCUCUUGUCCAUUGGUUUGUCUAUCCAAACGUCAAGGCAACUCUGUCCUCCCGUCUUCAUCGCCGCCAAAUUCACAAAGCCCAGCGUGUUGUUGAUUUGCCAAAUCAUAGUGAACACGGAACCACACACCGCCAGACAGUCACAAGAUGGUCUUCUAUCCUCCGCCAUGGGUGCCGAAACUGCCUUUCGACCCUCCCGAUUCAAUCACAAUCGGGGAGUUCAUGAGAAGUGAGAUCUAUGGACGGCACCCAAUUGCCAGGAGCAGGAAUCCCUUCACUUGCGGUCUCACGGGGAAGACGUACACCGUGACCGAGUCGCACGCACGCUCCGAUCAGAUCGCAAGGGCCCUGUCCAAGAUCCUGGGCUGGGAGCCCAAUGCCGACUCGCCGUGGGACAAGGUCAUCGCCGUGUUCUCUUUCAACACCAUCGAUUAUCUUGGCGUACUGCAUGCUAUACACCGCUUGAACGGCAUUGCCACGCCCGCCAAUGUCGCAUACUCAGCCAGCGAGCUGGAGCAUCAGCUCAGGUCGUCCGGUGCCAAGGCCCUCUUCACCUGCGUGCCGGUGCUGGAGGCGGCGCUGAAGGCUGCGAAGGCAGUGGGGAUACCAGAGGACAAGAUCUUUCUCAUGGAUCUUCCAUAUCACUCCCACAAGCCGUCGUUUAGGACCGUCGAUGACUUGGUCGAGAUGGGCGGUUCGGCGCCGGAACUAGAGCCUCUGAAGUGGGUAAAGGGGCAGGGUGCCCGCCAGGUGGCCUUCCUCUGCUACUCCAGCGGCACCUCGGGCCUGCCGAAAGCCGUCAUGAUUUCGCAUAGGAAUGUGAUCGCCAAUACCAUGCAGUAUUGCAUCUUCGAAGACGUGUCUAGAAAGAAGCUCGGAGUCGUCACGCAAGUGGUACUGGGGUUGCUUCCGUUCAGCCACAUCUACGGUCUGGUAGUGGUGGCACACGGCGCAACAUGGCGUGGCGACGAGGUUGCUGUCCUGCCGAAGUUUGAGCUUACGGAAUAUCUCCAGGCUAUCGAGCGGUUCAAAAUCAACCACCUGCUUGUAGUGCCCCCAAUUGUCAUUCGCAUGCUGAGCAACAAGGAUACGCUCAGAAAGUAUGAUCUCAGCAGUGUCAGGUUGCUGUUUACAGGGGCAGCACCACUCGGAAAGGAGACGGCCGAAGAAAUCCUCCGUCUCUAUCCUACCUGGCAUGUUGGCCAAGGCUAUGGAAUGACCGAAUCCUCCACCGUGGUCUGCUCCACAAGCGAACACGACAUCUGCCAGGGGACAUCCGGCUCCCUGAUACCUGGUACACGAGCGAAAGUCAUGGACGCGGACGGAAAAGAAAUCAACGAGUACGGCAAGCCCGGAGAGCUGUUUGUGCAAUCUCCAUCCGUCACACUAGGCUACCUGAACAACGAGAAGGCCACGGCGGAAGCGUUUGUCUGGGAUGAGGACGGGCGGUGGCUGCGGACCGGCGACGAGGUCGUCGUGACCAAGUCACCCAACGGGUACGAGCACAUUACCAUCGUCGAUCGUCUCAAGGAGUUAAUCAAGGUCAAGGGCCACCAAGUUGCCCCCGCCGAGCUGGAAGCGCACCUCCUGACCCACCCGGCCGUGGACGACUGUGCUGUGAUUGCAGUCCCGGACGAGCGGGAUGGCGAAGUACCCAAGGCCUUCGUUGUGACACCCGCCUCGAUGGCCUCGCGCAAGGACGAGGAAAUGGCGGCCGAGAUUAUCAAGCAUGUCCAGGACCACAAGGCACACUACAAGUGGCUCAAGGGGGGCAUCGAGUUUAUCGAUGCUAUUCCUAAGAGCCCGAGCGGCAAGAUUCUGCGGCGGCUGCUCAGGGAUCGGGAAAGGGAGGCUAGGCGGGCAAAGGGGGCCAAGCUGUGAUGAGUCGUGAAUGCAGCCCAUUGGACGUGCCGGGGUGUGUUCUGAAGUUAAGCCGGGAAUAUACCACCACCGACUCACUAGAAUUUGCAUAACCCUUUUUAU